AUGGGAAUAUCUGACAUGGAAGGGGUCGAAAGGUUUUGGUCUCGAAUGCGCAAGCUGAUUGGCAUGACCCGAACACAAUGGAGCUCACGGCGCAUAUGGAUCCUAGAUGGACACACAGAGUUCAUCAAUUCAGAAGGUUUGGAAGGCCUGGGUCACUGGCUCGAUCGACAACAAGAGAAGAAUCUUCUCCCCAAGCUAAAAAAGGCUGUCAAAGUUCUCCAGGACUGCCGUAUCUCCGACCAUGAGCUGCGAACACAAUGGAGGGAACAGAAGGCUGCGCGGAUGGCUCCGCGGAUUGAGGUAUCCCGACACUUUCAAAAGGAGCUUGAUAAGGUCAUUGCGCUACAAAAUCAGAUUCAGACACUCGAGACCACGAUUGAAGACACAAAAAAGACAAUCUUGUCUGGCGGACCCUCAGCCGAGCUUCUCGUGCAUCUGGAUCGACUUGAGGACUCCCAUGCAAGCCUGAGUGAUCAGGCCGAUGCCUUGUAUAGCUCACUAAACAUCCGCAAAGACCUCCGCAAUUUGGCAGGAGUUCCCGCUGAGUUUGUCAAGACGUUGCUGAUCAUGCAUGAUCUCAAGAUCAACAUUCGAAAGCGUGCAGUGGGAUCCUUCUACGAGACUGAAAUGCUGGAUAGGGCAGUCGCUGGUCGAAGUGAAGCAUUAGGAACGAAGCUCUAUCAGGCGACACGUAAAGCACUGUCAAAGAGACAGCCUGUCCUUUACCGCCUGAUCAACCGUUUCAAUAGCCUCUGUGAACAAUUGGAGGAUGAGAUGCCCCCCCACUCCCUACUUCCUCUCCCAACCCAGCUCUCGACCAAAUUAUCAGUACUCAAAGCUGACCAAUCUCUUUUCGAGGAUAUCUGUGUUCUACCUACGGGGAACAAGAUCCCACGGUGGCUUGAUGACUCUGACGUCAGGGAUGGGAUCCAGAAUUCCUGCCAUUCCAUUCGCUUAAGUGUUGCAGACCCUACACUUAUUUACCUGCUCAACGUCCACAUGGAUCGAAUAACGUUUCUAACUGAGCGCUGGCGACCUUCUUUCCGAAUGUAUGAGAUGCACACAUCGAGCGGUGGCCAGAUCACUCCCAGUAAAUGCGUGGAUGCAUCAGCAAGCGCUUUCUUCUCCCAGCAGCAUCCUGCCAAUGCAUCCGCAGGCCUCCCCAAUGUUGACGCGGAUGCAUCAGCAGACAAUUAUGUGCAUGCCAAUGCAUCCGCACAGAGCCAGGAUAUGAUACAAGUGGCUCUGUCCGCUCCAUCAGCAAAUCUACAUUUGCCAACGUCUCUUGACGAGGUCGAGGACGAGGUUUUUGAUGGAUUCACAGACACGGAGGAGAUCAAUAUCGCCUUGCAAGCGUUGAAUAUUACCGAGUGUGAUGAUACAACGAUACCAGAUGAGGGGUCGGUGCAAAUUGACAUCAGAUGGGACGUUCCCCUAGUUCGUCGCUCAUCUCCCUUUAUCCAUGAGAAUUUUUUACUGACACGUGCUUUGUGA